AUGGCAUCCGUGAACAAACGCUUCACAGAGAGAGUUAAAGCAGACAGAUUCAUGGAAAUCGCCCUUAAACGUGGGAUAGUGGUAUCUGCAGCAGAAGCUGAACCUUCCAUAACACCAGGUGCCCUUGAAUCAAAGACGGGAGGUGGGACACCUUCCCAGAGUGGCGAUGACUCUGAUGUUAACUCCAUAGUGAGUGGGAAGGAAGACACAGAUGUCCACACAGACUCAGGCAGCAUUGACAACUCUGAUGCAAAGUCAUUAACAUCUGAAGGAUGCUCAAGAAAAUCUGACGGCUGUCUUAGUGACUUCUCAAAUGAAUUUGCUAAGGUUAUCAUUGAAGAUGCAUGUUGUGAACUCGAUGUUGAACUCAAUGUAAAUGCUGUCCCAUUUAAUCCUGUGCCCUUCUCUUCAAACCUUGAUGCCACUGCUAAGGAGUUUCAGUGUAGAUUCACUGCUGAAGAAGCAUCAUCAUCAGCUUCUACUUUGAAUCCUGAUAGUCCCGAGUUCAAACCUAGCUUCUUCAGGGAUAAGGCAAAGAAUAAACCUCAUCAAGAAGAUACAGAUGAAACUGAGGUAUCAGAUGAACUUGAAGUGUGCAGACUGUUCCAGAAGAACCAUUCUGCAGGUGUAGAUGUUUACAUUGCAGAUGCACCAACACCAAAACUGAGACCCCAGAGGCUGAAACCCCAAAGGCUGGGACUCCAAAGGCUGGGACCCCAAAGGCCGAGGCACCAGAGUCUCUAUCCCCGAGAAGUUGGAGUCAACACAGACGAAGUGUGUUUUAAUGAGACUUCAGAUUUCUUCAUGCCAGAGAUGGCGUUGAAGAUGAAGAGUCGAGGUGUGAAUGCAUGUGUUGAGACAAGAUGUCAACAGGUCCAGGCCAAUUUAGGGCCAAAGGUGAAAAGUCGAGGAGUUCAGGUCGGGUCAGCUGAUGACCUGAUGGCCAAACAAUGUGAUGCGUGUCCGGAGAAGGAUGUACAGCUGAUUGAGGCACAGAUGCAGGUGUGUCACCUGAAUGCCCAGAUCUGCAUCAGUGAGAUGCAGCGGCAGGUGGACGACCUUCAACACAGCAAGAUGCAGAUCACAAGCUUCUUCUCUCCACAGUAUGUUCAUUGGUUCUGUAUCCAUCUGAUGAACUGUCUGAAGGACCUCCAGAGUGGCCGCCCGCUGUCUGCCAUCCCAGCGUUCGGUAUCAGUCUACCCACCAUGAUGGGUAAUGAAAUCUACACACCUAAAGAGCUGAAGUUUCUGAGGAGUCCAACAGAUGUAAAUCUUAAAUCUCGGCACUCACGGAUAUAUGCACAUGAGGCAAACAAAGCUUUUGGGGAUAAUGUUUGCCCUCAGAAUACCAUGUCCAUCGAGGGACGUUUGGCAAGUGUAUCUCCCCAAAAGACUGUGCCAGGCCUUAAAAAUAUACCGCCAUACGAAACUAUUUCCCUUGAUGGAGGAACUGAAGGGUUAACGCCACAGCAGAACAUGCCUUUUGAGUUAGGAUUUGAAAGAAUGUCACCUUACAAGAGUAUCCCUGCUGAUGAAACGUCUGAAGAACUCCCACCUCAUCAAACCAUACCAUUGGAUGCAGGUUUAGAAAGUAUGUCUCCCUUCCAUACAGUGUCCAUUGGAGAAAGGUGUGACAGAGUACCAACUCAACAACUUGUGGAAGAAACUGUCCUUGCAAGGCAAAGGGAUAGGUCACGAAUAGGCUGUAAAUCUGCUUCUGAUAUCUGUGAGUCGCAGUCAUUGAAAGAUUCGGAAUGUGAUGUCUCUGAGAUUCAUCAGUCAGGAUCACUGAGGCACCAAGAAUCUGAUUAUGGCUCUGUGUAUAAGUCUACAGCUGAACCCUCUACCAGGACAGUCCAGGAAUGUCAUUCUGUAGCAUCAGGAUCUGAAUUAUUGAACUGUGACCUAGACCAUAAUUUGUCUGUAGCAGAUGGGGAAGCUACUGCCUGCUCCUCAGAAACAGCAAUGGCUGCUACAUUAGAAUCUGGUUCCAGUAAGGAGAGUUUGUUCGGCAGAGUCCCAAAUUUUGAGAUGAUAUCUUCAUUGUCUUCUGGUGAGGAUGACAAACUUGAACUAAUGUCAUCACAGUGCUCCAGCAAUUCUUCUGUCUCUGAGCCUGCAUCAACCAUUGCAAUGACAGCUUCAUCUUCUUGCAUGUCAGAAACUGAAUAUCAAUACGCUUCUGGAGAAACGUCCUUAUCCAUGCAACAAGAAAAAACUUCUGAUCCUGGCACAGGACAUUGUGUUGAGAGAGAAGACUUUUGUGUUGACAUUGUCACCAAAUCUGAACCUUAUCCUUCUUUACCAUGUAAGGAUGAUUUGAGAGAUAAUAUGAAUGUAACAUUGAAAAUUGAAGACGUGGAAACCACAAAAACUGAUAUUCCUGUCUCCCUAGAUAGUGCUCAACAAGAACAUAAACCAAGUCAAAACAAUGAAAACAUUUCAUUGCCAAAACAUGAAUCAAGACUCUCAUCCAAGGCCUCAUCAUUUAGAUCACUUCCAAAACCAAUACCCCCUCUUCCUCUGAGACUGCCCCCUAGAAAUCGGGCAGAGUUUACUAGCUCUCCUGACAGAAUCACUAGACAAGACUCUGAGUAUGAAACAGCAAGCAGUAGCUUGUCUUCUACACCUGUUGCUACAGAUACCGAGGAUAAGGCUUCUGGUGAUACAGUUGAGAAGAAACCUGAUGCAUUGAAACUGGACAAAAGCGUUCCUCCAGGAUUUAUAAGUAUUCAGAAUGACAUUGAGGAAGACACUGAUGAUGAAUGUGACAUUGACUCUGACCUUGUGAAGAAAGUCCAGACUGUCCUUCAGAACUACCAACUUGCAUCAGAGAAAGGGAAAGUGGACUCAAAGUCUUCAAUUUCUGGUUCCCCUAUCAAAUCAAGGAUAUCUCCACACAAACAACAGAACAACUUAUCUCCUGACAAGCCAAGAACCAGCUUAUCUCCAAACAAACCAGUAGAGAUUUUGACUCCUCCCCCAGAUGUACGCACUCCGUCUUCUGAUGAGGUACGCAAGGUGGUGAAUCGAGACAGUGGUGACAGAGGAUCUGUAGUGUCCCAUCUGAAGGCUAGUGCUAUGAAACGACUUGGGGUCAGACAUGCUGUAGCAGAAGAGGAACCAUCUCCAAAUCACUUUGACACAGACCUGUCAUGUUCAAGUAAUCAGGAUCAGGGCUCUGGUUUACUAAUAACAGAAACACCACAAGGAAACUUCAAUACAAAUCAUCACAUUGAUUCAUCAGAUUCAUCAGAGAUCAAUCACCCACAAGUUCACCCCAUACAACCUAUUCAGCACCAACUGACACCAUCUCAGCAAGUAUCACAGCAGCCUUUAGAACAGGCGAUACAACCUGAUCAGUUGAACCCCAAUUUGUUCCAAGCUGUGCUGGCACAAGUUGUUAAGGCCUACCCUCAACUGGCUUCAAACCCUGUGAUGUUGCAGACAGUGUGUGUACAACAAACAAUGGUGCUGCAGUCCUAUAUGAACGUACCUGGUGGUGCCUCUGGUGUCACUCCAGGCAUUCAAGGAACACAUCCAGGAGCACAUCCUGAGACACAAUCUCAACCAGAGAACUUCCCGUCAAUACAUGAGAGUAGUGCCAGUCCACUUGGCCAGAGGACCAACCCUUUACAAGCCCCAAUAUUGUCUGAGGCUGUCAAGGCCAACAUAGCAGGAAACACAAGACCUACCGACACAGCUCAGUCAGGUGGGGCUGCCUGGAAUCCUGUAGGUCUUGUUAACAUGAUGCAAGCUCGCAGAGGAGAGUCUGAUGUUGAGCAGGCAGCAGUACCCGAUAUAAAGACUCUGAAUCCUGAUAUGUUCAAAUUUGAAGCAACUCCCCCCACCUAA